AUGGAUAUGGUUUAUAAUUUUAUUCAAGAUUAUCCUUAUCAUGCACCAUCAAUAACAGAAAAUUACACAAAUUUAUUAGAACAUAGUAAAUCAUUAAAAAACAGGAUUCGUCAAGCAGAACCAGUUCUUCAACUUGAUGAACUUGAACAUGUCAGGGAACAGGGUGAUAAUGAAAUUGUUUCAACAGAGUUGUUAAAUGGUGUUUUCAAUGAUUUGUCACCUGAACCAAUAGCUGCACCACAUUAUUGUUUUGUAAUUGAUGAGAAAGUGGAAGAAAUGGAUAUUAAACUUCAAGAAGUACUCAUAUAG